AUGUAAACAUUGAAUUAUCAACAUUGUUCAUUUUUUGUUCGUGAGGUUCUGUACAAUAAAAUCUUUUUCGUCGUGCUUAAUUUCCAGAAAUUUGUGAACUUAUUCAUUCUAUCAAGCCGCUGUAUCAAUUUAUUGCCAUAAUGGACGAUGUUCUAGUACUCAACAAUGAUAUUUUCCCAUCGUAUAAUCGACAAGAUAAAUCCUUAGGCUUAUUAACUCGACGUUUCGUUAGCUUAUUAAUGAACUCUCCGGACGGAACACUUCACCUGAACACGGCGGUGCAGUUGCUAAAAGUACAGCAGAAAAGAAGAAUUUAUGAUAUUACCAACGUCCUCGAAGGUAUCGGUUUAAUAGAGAAAAAAACCAAAAACACUGUGCAAUGGAAAGGAUCUACCAGCAGUAAUAUACAUAAUAGUUUUAUAAACGUACAAAAGCUGAAGAAAGAAAUUAGGCAAUUAGCAGUUCAAGAAAGCACACUAGAUGAAGAUUUAUUGAAAGCUUAUAAAAGUUUACAAAAUGUCACCGAUGAUGCCUCAAAUAUCAGAUUUGCUUACCUAACUGCUAAAGACGUUUGUAAAUUUCGUGGUGAAAAUAAUCUAAUCGUUAGACCACCUACUGGAGCUAAAAUGGAAGUUGAAUCGAUCAAGAAAAAAGAUGGUCAAUAUGUUGAUAUUACCGCUCACGUGAAGACUGAUUCCGGUCAACCAAUACAUUUAUGGUUAUUGGAUAACUUAAACGAAGAUAGUGAUAAAGUUCAAUUAAAUCAAUCUAAAAUUAAGAGAAAAUUAUCAGAUCUGGAGGAAAAUAAUUAUAAACAAGGCUGUGAAAUAACUGAACUUGAUGUAAAUGGUUGUGUCAUAAAGGAAGAAAGCAUCGAUCUAGACACCAAUAUAGCAAAAGAACAAAGUGUUCUCGGUCUGCGGUAUUGUUACUUUUAACAUGUGUGUUCAGUACGAUAACUUCUGUUGUCUGGGAACCGGUUUCACAUCUCACAUGUUCAUAUACUAACCUUCUGCUCUGCUACAGAACUCUGGUUUCCCUUUCAUUCCUCUCACCUUAAUUAUUGCUGGAUAGUGGAUUAGGGAUUACGUAAAUAGUAAAAAAAAAAAAAAAACUCGAUUUGUUUGGUUACCUUACCUAUACGAAUGUAAUUAUUUUCGUACAUGUUUUUGUCGAUACUUUCUAAAAUUACUACUGCUGCUAAUUUUAUAGUUUUUUUGAAUAACUAAUCGUGAUUAUUUUAUAAUCGUGUCAUCUCCUGUUGACAAAUUUUUUCGCAUGGAAAGAAAUGUGAAAUGAACUAGGAUAGGAAGGGAGUUGGAACUCGUUAGAAUUGUUAGAAACAAAUGCGUUCAACCUUGGAUGGAAUUUAAACUGAUUUAAAACGUUGAU